AUGUCCGAGGUCGUAUACCUCACGAUCGAAUCGUCGACCCCCAUUCGUGUAGACGCGAUCUCGCAGGCUCAACCUGACUGGAUCCACCCGCAUUUAAUCCAGAGCGCCGACCCGGUCAAGGGUCGCCAAUUUCGAGUGUCGAGUCUGGUCCCCAAAGGCGCCUGUCUUCUUGUCGAUCGCCCAUAUGCAAUUAUUCCGGUCGUCGAUGAACCGCAGUCUAGCGACAAUCUGAUUUGCAGCAAUCCCGCUUGUAAUAAUCGCGCCGUCAAGCACGCGGAGCGACUUUCGUGCCCUAACGUCUGCAUUCCGGACGUGGCAUGGUGUAGCAGGACUUGCCAAGACACUGACAAACUCCGACACGACUUUGAAUGCAGCUGGCUCAAAAGAUAUGCGAGCUCAAUAAGAGCCAAACGAGGUGAAUACGACUUUGGCAUGCUGUGGGUGAUUGUCCGACUCUUGGCCACCCGCCGUAUCGAGAUGUGCGACUCGGCACCGAUCAACAGCGCCAUUGCACCAAACUGUCAGCAAUCAAUCUAUGGUUGGCAAGGCAUCGAGGCAUUAUGCGGAUCUUCAGACACCUGGUCUCAUGAUCAGGUCCGAUCGUGGACUCUGCUCGUGAAAAAGUACCUCCAAAACGGCCCGGUCUUGCCUCACGGAUUACCCUCCGAGCGCAUACUUCAUCUCAUCUGCCAAGAAGAGGCCAAUUCGUUUGGACUGUACCCCCGGGAAACGGGUUUUACGUCAAGGCCUGAGUCUCUGGUCGACCGGGGAGAGCAAUUUGCAGCGUCUGUCUAUCCUACUGCAGCGAUAGCCAACCAUUCAUGCGUGCCAAAUAUUAUUCAUAAACCGGACGAACUAGGUCGGAUGGUCUUCAGAGCGUCCCGCGACAUUCUUGCUGGCGAAGAGUGCUGCAUUUCGUACUUCGACCUGACGCGCUUCACCGACCUAGAGUCUCGCCGCGAACAUCUUCGAAAAUCAUUCAAAUUCGUAUGCCAGUGCGAAAGGUGUAUAUUCGAUGAACCUGUCAAGGAAACGGAUACAUGGGAUGCCAUGCCAUUAAUGGAUGGAUUCUGA